AUAAAACCUUAUGAAAACACACACUUCCGCUCACAUUUCUCACACAGAAUACAACAGAAAGGGGGAAAUACAUGAGAAAAGCUAAAAUAGGAGGUGACGUAAGCGUGAUGGAACUCUCGCAGUCUACCCCCGGUGUACGAACCCGGGCCAAAACCUUAGCCCUUCAACGUCUUCAAUCCUCCUUCACGGCUGCCACCGCUUCGCAGUCAAACCUUGAAUCGUGUUAUCUCCAGCUUCGGUCACGCCGACUCGAGAAACCGGUUAUUUUGAGACAACAACAGAAUUCCCAAGAAGGGUCUGCUCAGAAACAGGGGUUUAGUUGCGGAGAAAAAGAGGACCCGGAAAUUGAUGUUUCAUGUGAGCAGGAGUAUUCCGGUUCGGAUUCAAUUGGAAUAGCUAAGAAAGAGGAGACUUGCUUUGAAAUGGAAAACAGAGAGUGGGAAACAGGGGAUCUUGAAAUUGAGGCCUCUUUUGAUAAAAAUAUUUUGGAUUGGGAAGCUAGAGAAAGCAGGAGCACUAGGGAAAGCGCACCAUGCAGUUUGAUUCAGUUUGCAGGCACAGUCUUGACUCCCGGCUUGACCACAAGAUGGACGAGUCCCAGGGCAGCGAUUCAAAGACCCCAGGAUGCCAUUCUCAGAAACAUUCCUACAUCGCGUGAGAUGGAGGAGUUUUUUGGCCGUGCUGAGCAGUCGCAGCAGCGCCUUUUUAUGGAGAAGUAUAAUUUUGAUGUUGCCAACGAUGUACCCCUCCCGGGACAGUACCAGUGGGUGAGAGUGAUGCCUUGAGAAGAAUUAGCCAUUGUUGAAAGGAAGAAGUUAUAAUGCCUGUCAUUACUGGAAAUAUCAAAAUUUGUGUAAAAUGGACAGAGCCAUUAGAUGUGUAGUUUAAUUUUAUUUGGACUAACAAUUUAGAUGUAGAAUCAAUCACAAGACAAUGUAACAUUAGGUCUAUGAUAAAAUCUCGUGUAAUUUGCUGGUAGUGCAAUUCGAUUUUUAUCUUUCGUGUCAA